AUGGAACGGGCACUUGUCCUCCUCCUGGCAGUCACAACUGUGUCUGGCUGUGGUGUGCCCAGCCACCAGCCGAGCACCGGCCGUGUGGUGGACGGGGAAGAAGCCCGUCCCUACAGCUGGCCAUGGCAGGUCUCCUUGGAGUCUUUCUUCCCUACUUGUGGAGGAACUCUCAUCGCUCCUGACUGGGUCUUAACUGCUGCACACUGCAUCACGUUUCAUACGUAUCGGGUGGUUCUUGCUGAGCAUGACAUGAACAAAGAGGAGGGACCUGAGCAGUCCAUUAUGGUGGAAAAGAUGUUUCUCCAUCCAAAAUGGAACGACAACUGUGUCUCUUGUGGGAAUGACAUUGCCCUUCUUAAGCUGGAGAGGAGUGCAGUUAUCAAUGACAAGGUCCAGCUGGCAUGCCUACCACAGCAUGGCGCCGCUCUCGCCCACAACGAGCCCUGCUACGUCACCGGCUGGGGGCGACUCUACUCUGGUGGGCCCCAGGCAACCAAGCUACAGCAGGCUCUACUUCCUGUGGUGGAGCACAGCAUCUGUGCUCAGAGCGACUGGUGGGGCAGCUCAGUGAAGACAACCAUGGUUUGUGCAGGAGGAGAGAGCAAGUCAGCGUGCCAUGGUGACUCUGGAGGUCCUCUCAACUGUAAAGGCAGAGAUGGAAAAUGGUACAUCCAAGGUGUUACUAGUUUUGUGAAUGGACGUGGCUGUAACACCCCCCAGAAGCCCACAGUCUUUACCCGUGUGGCCGCUUUCAUCCCCUGGAUCACUGAGACAAUGGCCCAGAACUGA